AAUUUGUGUCCUGAAGAUGAAUGAAAGUCUUACACAUGUGGAACAACAUGAGGGUGAGUAAUUAAUUUUUGGGAGAACUAACCUGUUAAAAGAUUAAUUUUGUAAGUCUAUAUGCUGAAAGCUGAUGCAUUGAGAUCUGUAGUCUUAAUGUGACGUCUUUUGCACUUAAACCCGUUUCUUCUCACAGCAUGUGAAAAUGAAUGCAAGAUGUUGCUGUUCAUGUUCAUUUUUCUGUCAUUUACAGAUGUAAAUAUGGACACCAUCCUUUUCCAGAGUUGUGAAUUUACAUCUAAAGAGGAGAAGAAGAAGCAAGCAGGAGGAAUUACUCCAGGAGAAACUACUGACUUGUAAAACGGAGAUUAAGGAAGAACCCUGCAGAAUAAAAGAUGAAGAUACAGAGGAGCAAAUAGAUUUGAUGCAAGUGAAUGAAGACAAACAUCACCAGUUUCAAAAACCUCAACAUUUCAAAAAUGAAAAUGGAAAUGCUGCCAUUUCACAGACUGAAGAGAAUUGCACAAAAAAAACUGGACUCAAAGGACCACUUGCCUGCUCUGUGUGUGGAAAUGUUUUCAUGUGUCAAAAAAAUUUAAAUGUGCACAUGAGAAUUCACACUGGAGAAAAUCUGUUCUCAUGCACCAAGUGUGAAAAGAGUUUCACUAUGAGAGGACACUUAAAUGUGCACAUGAGAUCUCACCCUGAAGAAGGACCUUUUACCUGCUCUGAGUGUGGAAAGAGUUUCAGAAAUAAAAAAAACUUGAAUUUGCACAUGAAAUCUCACACUGAAGAAGGACCUUUCACCUGCUCUGAGUGUGGAAAUAGCUUCACGAAUAAAAAAGACUUAAAUGUGCACAUCAAAUCUCAUACUAAAAAAGGACCUUUCACCUGCUCUGAGUGUGGAAAGCGUUUCAUGUGGAAAACAAACUUAAAUCUGCACAUGAAAUCUCACACUGGAGAAAAUCUGUUUUCAUGCACUAAGUGUGAAAAGAGUUUCACUCUGGAAGGACACUUAAACAUGCACAUGAGAUCUCAUACUGAAGAAGGACCUUUCACCUGCUCUGAGUGUGGAAAGAGUUUCAGAAAUAAAAGAAACUUUAAUUUUCACAUUAAAUCUCACACUGGAGAAAAUCUGUUUGCGUGCACUAAGUGUGAAAAGAGUUUCACUCUGGAAGGACACUUAAAUGUGCACAUGAGAUUUCAUACUGAAGUUAUACUUCUCUCCUGCUCUGAGUGUGGAAAGGGUUUCAAGCAUAAAAAAAGCUUAAAUGUGCACAUGAGAAUUCACACUGGAGAAAAUCUGUUCUCGUGCACCAAGUGUGAAAAGAGUUUCACUAUGAGCGCAAAAUUAAAAGUGCACAUGAGAUUUCACCCUGAAGAAGGACCUUUCACCUGCUCUGAGUGUGGAAAGAGUUUCAUAAAAAAAAGAAACUUAAAUCUGCACAUGAAAUCUCACACUGAAGAAAAUAUGUUUGCAUGCACUCAGUGCCGAAAGAUUUUCACAUCCAAAAGCAUUCUCAAAAAUCAUUUGCGCAUUCACUCUGAGGUGAAGUCAUUCAGCUGUGAUCAGUGUGAUAAAACAUUUGUUGCGGCAUCAUACUUAAGAUCACACCUUAGAGUUCAUUCUGCUGAGAAGCCCCACAUGUGUUCUUUUUGUGGAAAAUGUUUUUCAUUUCUGCAAAGUUUACAACAGCAUGAGCGUUUUCAUACUGGUGUGAGACCUUAUUUGUGCUCUGACUGUGGGAAGACCUUUACUUUGUCCAGCGACUUGACAAAACACCAGAGAAUUCAUACUGGAGAGAAACCGUACAAGUGCUCACACUGUGGAAAGUGUUUCGCUCAGAUAGGUGCCUUGAAAUCUCAUGAGAGAGUUCAUACUGGAGGGAAAUCUAAACGAAAUAGUCAUAAGAAAAAGCAUUGCCAACUUAAAAAAAGACUGUCUGUUAAGAGGCGACGGCAGAUGCAUUAUUAUUAAUGUCAUAAUCCAUAUCCAAUUGCAUCUUGUGUAUUUAUGUUACAUUAACUUAUAAAGAACAAAAUGUUGUACUUACUGAUUGACUUAAUGAACAAAUUUUAUUCAAGGCUUUCGAUUGUAGCUGUGCAUUGGAAUGAAUCAACUCUGCAUUAAAAAUCAGUUUUAAACAAAAA